AUGACGGGAAAAGCUGCUCUGGCCGUCGCGCUCCUGAUGUGCCUGUCGCAGGCCAUUGACAACUGCAAUGGGUUUAUGACACCAAGAGAGAAACGUCAAGCUGACGAAGGUGACGAACAAUCAGUAGAUGAACUGUGCAAAAACCGACCAGCUGAUGAGUACUUUCGUUUGUCCACCGAAGGUGACUGUAGAGACGUCGUAAGGUGCACUAAAGCCGGUAUAAAACAAAUCACUUGCCCAUCUGGUUUGGCAUUCGACGUAGAUAAGCAGACGUGUGAUUGGAAGGGUAAAGUCACCAACUGUAACCGUUUGGACAAACCCAGAAAAGCUUUACCUAAUUUGAAAACAGACGAACCAGUUUGUCCAAAGGACCAACUACAAUGUGGUAACGGUGAAUGUAUAAACAAAGAUCUUUUCUGUAAUGACAGACCCGACUGCAAGGACGAGUCUGAUGAAAACGCUUGCAGCGUGGAAACUGACCCGAACCGUGCGCCAGAUUGUGAUCCGAACCAAUGUGUGUUGCCUGAUUGCUUCUGCUCAGCCGACGGUACCAGAAUACCCGGUGGAUUGGAACCUAGUCAGGUACCUCAGUUGAUCACUAUUACAUUCAAUGGUGCCGUAAAUGUUGACAACAUGGAUUUGUACGAAGAGAUUUUCAAUAACUCAUUGCCAAACCGAAUGAACCCCAACGGUUGUUCCAUCAAAGGAACGUUCUUCGUGUCGCACAAGUACAGCAAUUAUGCAUUCAUUCAAGAAUUGCACCGCAAAGGACACGAGAUCGCCGUAUUCUCGUUGACACACAAAGAUGAUCCGAAAUACUGGACUGGUGGAUCUUACGACGAUUGGUUAGCCGAGAUGGCUGGAGCUAGACUUAUUACAGAAAGAUUCGCAAACAUCUCUGACGGUUCGAUCGUCGGAAUCCGUGCACCGUACUUGAGAGUCGGUGGCAACAAACAGUUCCAGAUGAUGGAACACCAGUUCUUCGUUUACGACGCUUCCAUUACCGCCUCCUUGGGCCGAGUACCCAUCUGGCCAUACACUCUGUUCUUCAGGAUGCCACACAAGUGUAACGGUAACGCCCAGAACUGUCCUAGCCGAAGCCAUCCGGUAUGGGAAAUGGUCAUGAACGAGCUGGACAGACGUGACGACCCAACUUUCGACGAGUCUCUGCCAGGUUGUCACAUGGUCGAUUCCUGUUCGAACAUCCAAACUGGUGAACAGUUCGGACGCUUACUCAGACACAACUUCAAUCGUCAUUUCUCUACCAACCGUGCCCCAUUGGGAUUACACUUCCACGCUUCGUGGCUUAAGAGCAAACGAGAAUUUAAAGAUGAACUGAUCAAGUUCAUUGAAGAAAUGUUGAAGAGAAACGACGUGUAUUUCGUCAACAUGUUGCAAGUUAUUCAAUGGAUGCAAACCCCAACUGAAUUGGACAAUAUGAGAGAUUUCACUGAAUGGAAAGACGAAAACAGCAAAUGCGAUGUCAAAGGACAGCCCUUCUGCUCACUAUCAAAUCCUUGCCCAUUGACCACCAGAGAACUCCCAGGAGAGACGAUCAGACUGUUCACCUGCAUGGAAUGCCCCAAUUAUUACCCAUGGAUUUUAGAUCCCACUGGUGACGGAUUUUCAACGAGGAGAAAGCGAAACAUUCACUUGAACUUUAAAAACAAAAAUCACUACGUCUAG